CGCACGUACAUAUCAACUCCUUAAACAAAGAUAGUAAAUACAUAAACAAGAAUCGUAAGGAUUCUUGGGGGUUGAAAGUGUGGAUUAGAAGGAUCAUCAUUGGUCUCAUUGACAAAGUCCAUAUCAUCGUCCAUGGAGUCUUCAUCUUCAUUAUCUCUCAUGAAGUCCUCAUAUUCGACGAGAUCCUUCUGAAUUCCCACGGAGUAGUACCCGUUAUCCAAAGGAAGCUUGUUUAUCAUGUCCUCCAGAGUCCAAUAAUUAGUUGGACGCUCUCCGGCUCCGCCCAUUUCAUUAAACAACAACUCCCUACUGUCGUCCAAGUACUACAACCUUAGUACCUCCGACAAACCACACAAAUCGGUGGUUGCCUGGGUUCAGCUACCAGAACUUCCCGCCCAUUUCUACCAUCGUGAAGUCCUUUUGGAUCUGGGCAACCUUAUUGGAAGAACGAUUAAACUUGACUACCAUAAGAAAAACCUAGAGGGUUGAAAAUUGGCUAGAAUGGCGGUGGAGAUCGACGUGACUAAACCUCUCGCAACACGUAUACGAUUGGAUGGGCUCUGGCAGCAGGUGCUUUACGAAAAUUUACCCACUAUCUAUUUUAAGUGUGGGUGAAUCGGCCAUACUGAAACUGUUUGCCCCACGAAAUAGUCAGGCACCUCUUCCGACACGAUGGCCGAAAAAGGAACAUCGGAACCGCCACCGGUGGAAUCGCUGGCCGGUUAUAGGCCAUAGAUUCAGGUGAACCGUAAAAGUCGGAAACCUACCAAAAAGGGAGGCACUAAUCACAGGAACGCUCAAGCAAAUCAGAAUGGAAAGAUUGCUACUCCAGGGAACCAAAGUGUGAAAUCUACGCAACAAGCCAAGGCAGAUCUGAUUCCUACAACGAGCAACAAGAAUAGAAAAGGAAAGGAUUCUCUCAAGGUGAAGAACAAAUCUGGAAUUUCGGGGAAGAAUGUCGGGAAGGUUGCGGCUAAAGGAGAUCCUCUCCUUCAUAAUCUAGGAAAAUUGGCCGAAAUCAAAUAAUGGAAACUGGUGGGAAAGGCUAACUCACUUUUCGAUCAUUCAGCCAAAUCCACAGCCCCAUUAACCGCUGGUAAUGGAUCCUCCUCAACGACUGGGCUUGAUGGCGCUGCUGCUAAGUAGGGGUGGAAGUUUGGUUUGCGGGUAACCCGCAAACCUCACACUUUGUGGAUACCCAUACCCACAAUUUGUGGAUAGUGGGUUGGGUGUGGGUAGCAAAAUAUUGAUUUUUGUGGUUAGUGGCUAACCACUACCCACAACGGUUCCCACAAAACCCACAUUAACCACAUUAGUUAUAUUUAUUUCUUCAAAAUACUUUGUAACCCACAUUUACCACAUUAGUUAUAUUAGUUUGUGAAACUUGGAAGACUAAGAAUUAAAGUAGCUACCAAAAUUAAAUAUGCACGUAUUCUAUAAAACAAAACCAAGUCAAUACGCAAUGUUCAUGUGAGAUACUUUUAUUAAAUAAGCAUUGUCCCUGUGUUAUAUGUUUAUUUUAUAACAAAACCAACUCCAUAGAUAUAGUCAGAUAAAUUAAUCGAUUCGUUAAAAGAGGGGAAUAAUCAAUAAAGGUUAGUCAGAUACCCAAACUCAUCUAAUUUCUCCACGAACUCACAAACAACACAACAUACAACCAACUACCAACAACACAAGACUAUAAUCGAGAGUGGAGAAUAAUCGAUUCAUUAAAAGCGGGCGCCUCCACUUAUCGAGCCACUUUUGUGUUUUGCUGUAGUUGUCAUCGAAGGAGUCGUGACAUGCAACGAUGUUAGUCUGUUAACAUAUCACUCCGCCUCUCCGUUAUUUCAAAUCUCUUUCCAAAUCCAUCACUUCUGAAUUUACACUAACUAACCUAUUGUAUUCGAGAUUUAUAAUUUAUUUUACAGUUUAUUAACUUUCUUUCAUGUAUGUUUUUGUUUUUGUGUGAGAAGAAAUAUAACAUCACUAUUUAAUUAUAAUAUUAUUAGAAUUUAAUGUGAAAUAUUUGUGGGCAUCCACAACCAACCCGCACCAACCCGCAGCGGGUAGUGGUUAACCACUACCCACUACGGGCGGGUUUUGGGUAGCAUAAUUCUAUAUUUGUGGAUGUGGUUACCCACAAAAUGUGGAGCGGGUAACCACACCCACCCCAAUUUCCACCCCUACUGCUAAGCCCACAACUGUGGGCUCGUUGGGAUUCCCUAAUAGUCAAGAAGCCCACUGAAAAGACUGCUAUAGGCGAAGCCUUCUCCGCCCUCUCGACUAUCCUAGGCAAUUUGGAUCGCAAGAACAAAGACCCCACUGUUCCUCUUCAAUUCGUCAGCACUACCAGAAACAGAAAUAAAGAAAGUUCCAAAGCAUGGAUGGGAAGAAUGUCAAAAGCUUUAAAGUGGGAAAGAAGAACACUCAGGUCAAUUUUCUAGCCACACUACUAACAUAGGAGAUGUCGUGGAUUGAAAUGCCUCUAUGGCUGAUAUGGUAUCAGAUUCAGGUGAGUGGUUGUGGAGUAAAUUUGACCUUUAUUUACCUAAUGAUCUGUUUUUUAUUGCAGGUCAUGACACGCUUAUUAGAGAGGCAUGAGAUGACGACAUGGUUUGGGGCAUGGAACAGACCAGGCGUUUUAGUAUCAAUAUGGCCUACUUCGUCGUAGAGGAUUGGCUUCGAAAUGAAGCGGAGACUGACAUAGAAGUGAACGUGAAGACUAUAUGGAAAAGUGAGUGGAAGUGGAGCGGGCCGAAUCGAAUCAAACCCUUCCUUUGGAUUGUCUCUCAUGACCAACUUAUAAUCGGCUAGAACAUAUUGAUUUUUCGUGUGUAAUAUGAUUAGUUGAUGAUACGUUUGAGCAUAUAGUGGCAAGUUUUAGGGCUCCCUAACCUGGAAUGGUUAAAAAACCAUUACUGGCUAGUUCCAUGAGUUCGAUGUAUUACAGGUGAAGAAAACACGAAAAAGGAACGGGCUAACAAUCAUGAGCAUGAGUACUAGCAGGCCGGGCAUUCAUGCUUUAGUUGGACGACGAAAUUAGGACGAAGGAAUUGGACUAGUGGAGUGCUUGUCAGGUGUAUUGUGGAGGAAUUAAUUGGACCGAGUUUGUUGUCCUUUUCUGAGGAGGACAAGGCUAGCGCAAAACGGUGGCGUAAAAGGAAGAUGGCCAUUCUUUGAAUUUUUUAGACCAAGUCGUUUGGCCUUUACUGAAGGCAUAACAUAGCGUCGUUUUGGAGAGUGGAAGGGGGUAUAUAAUUGGACGGAGUUCGACUGUAGAAGGGGGGAGAGAAUUCUUUUGGGCGAAAGUUUUAUUGGAGCAGUAGCAGCCGAGCGCCGAUAACAGCGAGCAGUAGCGCCGGACAACGUUGAGCAACGGGGCGUUGGGAUAGAACGCAAGCAGCAUUGCGCACAAUUCCGUUCAGAGAGCUGGGCGAUCGUGAGCGUCUGACGCGCAUUGCAGCUUUGGAUUUUAUCGAGUAUUAUCAUCCCUUUAUUUUGGGGUUAAUUGCAUGGUUUGUCACUGAGAUUUCAAAAAAUGUUCAAAUUUGAUCACUCGGAAUAUUUAAAUCCGUUGGUGGUACUUCAGGUUACUAAAACCAUUCACGUUUGGUCACUCUCUAUCCAACUCCGUUAACUUUUGCUUACGUGUCGGUCAACGCUAAAAGCUGACCGAUAAAUAUGUGACGUGUCAAUUUAAAAAUAAUAAAUAUUUUAAAAUUAAAUUUGUUAAAAUUGCCAUCACAUUUCCACCUCAUUAUCACUUUUAUUUAAAAUAAAAGUACCCUAAUUUCUUCCAUGAGCAAUUAAUUAUUCACUACUCCAAAGUCGCACCCAACCCAAACAGAAUCAAUCAUUCACGGAAGAACCAACCAUCAAAUCUCUUCUUUAAGCUAUGUUUUCUCCACUUGCUUCUCCUUUUCUCCAAUUCCAAUAUUCCCUUUUCUUCCAACUCCUGGUCCGUGAUUUUUGCCACUCACUACUACUACUGGUGCUUCUAUGGCGUCCGGCGAAAGCUCCGUCGUGCUCUCUUUCGUCGAUGACUUCCUCGACCCUGACUCCGAUGACGGCUACAAUCUCCACUCUUCCCACCCUCACUCCCAUCACAACCACUCCAGGUUGUCGGUCUGCGCGAGCUCGAUGUACACUAACGACGGUGACGACGACGAAGACUUAGCCAUGAGCCAGACGUUCAUGUUCGGCCUAUCGAUCCGCAGCUUCGACGCCGACGCGGAGCUCUCUAACCAGAACCCAAAACGGGUCCGCCCGAACACGACCCUAGGACCCGUACGCCUUGACCUCAUCUCCUCCGAUUCCAUCCACAGCUUCGACGCCGACGUGGAGCUCUCUGACCAGAACCCAAAACGGGUCCACCCUAACACGACCCUAGGACCCGUACGCCUCGACCUCAUCUCCUCCAAUUCCAACUCCGACAAGGAGCAAUGAUGCUACUCGCUCCCCUCGAUGCCGCCGCGCCAGCGAAACAGGGUAGGGCCGCUGAUCAGGGGAGCUGAUGCAGUGAAGGAGUACGCUAGCGAGAACGAAGGAGGGAAGAAGGGGGUGUCGACGGGGCAAAAACUGAGGAGGAACCCGAGGCGGAGGCGGUUGGUAAGUGAGAUGUCGACUGACGGCGGCAGAGUGGGAAGGGGAUAAUUACUAACAUUCACAGCUAGGGUUCAUAACAUGGGAUUCAUACAAUCAUUCCUAACAUUCAUAGCUAGGGUUCUUCAUACCCAGAUGAAAUGGAAAAUUACUCCAUGGAGAGAUGUAAAAACGUCAUGCUCGGAGUAGACAUCAUCAGAACGACAAUGGACAACUCCUCCUGGUGGUUAAUUGGUACUCUGAGGUUGGGGAAUCGAGCUCCGAGGUCUUCAGAUCGCUCCAAUCAUUGCCCUUGGGUUUUGCUUUGUCACUCUCUCUAGGAUUUUUUCUGCCUUUGGAAGUCCAAAAAAUUGGAUCCUUUGCCAAUUUCCCGAGAAGCCUUUAAAUAGGCUGAGAAUCCGCUAGUUACGGCCUAAGUUACAGCCAUAACUUUGCUCGCUUGCCCGUAACUUCCUAGAAACGGCGUCGUUGUGGCACUCCGUAAACCAAGAGUUACGACUUCCUUGGGGGAGUUACGGCCUCAGCCGUAACUCGAGGGGGAAGGCCAUAACUUCAAAUAUGCUCAUGAUCACUUGACUUCCACCACCUCAGAGUUACGGGCAAGAAGGGAGAGUUACGGCCCAGACCGUAACUGGUCGUAACUUCCAUAAGCUGCUUGGAACUCUGUCUGCUCCACUGUAAGGUUAAGGGCCACCAUGAGGGGUUACAGGCCAGACCGUAACUUGAAGGGUCGUAUGGUCGUAUCUCUCAGCUGGCCACUGCCCGGUUCUCUCCAAAACGUCCCGACUUUGCUCUUUCGCACCCAUUCACGUGCUACGACCUGAAACAUCACAAACAAACAAACACAACCUAGCGUAAAAUAGGCCACUAGAGCGAUAAACCAAGCUCAAACGGUCAAGAAAUAACGGGAAAACAUGUUCGAAUAUGGCAUUAUCAGGCUACUCUCACGCUUUCUGCAAAGAUAGCCUCACUAAUUACGUCGCUUUGAAUUUGCAACACAAUGUAUCGUAGUUCAACAGAAAGGGAAGAAAUUGAGAGAAGGUUGUGAGAGGAUAAAGGUGCGAUGGCACCACCUUCUGGGCAAUUAAAUUUUUAGGGGUUUCUUGAGGAGAGGAGUGGACGGCGAGAGAGAGAGAGAGAGAGAGAGAGAGAGGAAAGAGGUGGAUCUCCCUUUUUAUUUUUUAUUAAAAAAUUUCAGGUCAACAGCCAUGUCAUUGCGGACUAUAUUUUAUGUUAACUACUAACGGAAAAGUUAAUGUGGGUAUACAAAUUUCAUAUCAAAAGUUAUGUGAUAUACAUGUCACACUCGCUAAAAAUUGGUAUUUUUAAUGGUAUUAGCCCUAAAAUAAUCUACAAACUAUCUAAUUAAAAUGAUGAAUCUACACUAAUGUACAUUAUCACAAAAAAAGAAAGUUUGGCACUUUGGAAUCCUAACACUACUUAUUGGAGCAAAAUCCACUUUUAGGGAGCCAAAAUGCCGAACUCAUCUAGCAUUCUAGUACUUUGACGCUCCCUUAUUAGAGAUGGUUUUAGGGAAUGCGACUAUAGAGAGUCUAGCUCUCUAGGUUAACUUUGAUUCAAACAUUUGCUCAUCGGUCUACCGAAGGAAGAUCAUCACUCAGAAUGACUGAAGCUCUGAGGUUCCUAUCUAUCAAAUUACUAUUGUAUGUGCUUUUCAUUGGAACAAUCAAUGGAUUACUUUAUUCUUCAAUGUAUAUGUUCUAGACAUGUUUAGAGUUAUUACAUUUUUCUUCUCGCCCUUUCUAGGCCAUUACCUCAUACCUAUCAAAAGUUGCUUCCACAAUGAAAGUUUUUAAUUAGA